CUUUGAUUUUUGUUUACGUAGCGACUACUUUAAACAGUGCGUGUGUGCUUGAUAUGCACAGUACACGGUAACAAUGGCGUCUUGGAUUAUGUUUGGAGUAUUACUGAUUCUUCUGGAAACACACUACGUAUCAGGUAUAUGCGAAGAAUAUUAUUUUGAUGCCGACACACAAAAUGUAUCGUUGACAUUUACAUUCGCAUGGGAAACUAACGAAACAAAACACGUUCGCUGUUUACAUGAUAACAAAAUAAUAGGAGAGUGCCGCAAAAUAUUCGCUUUUGGAUGUACUCUAGAACCAACGAGCACAGGAGUGUACAAUAUGUCUACAGAUGUGGAUUUACCUGUUGUGAACGUUACCAUAAAAAAAUUUGAUUGCGCAACGUCAGGAAACUACAGUUGUUUUAAAUACCCUGGUACACCGAACAUCACUAAAUGUGCAAAAGAUUCAUCUACUUUCCAUCCUAUUACUACACCGGACACUAGAGAUUCGAUCAAAGUAUGCAAGAUUGCGAGGGGAGUCGUCGGAGGAAUCGGACUGCUCUGCUCUUCAAUUGCUAUAGGGCUACUUCUUUAUGAUCGAUGUAAUGAACAAUUAUUCAAUGACUGUUCAACAAAAACGAGAUGUUGGACCAUAUCUUCAUUGGUUCUUGGCGUUUGCAUAGUUAGUAUGGCGAUGGGCAUCGUUGACUUUACUACUCCAUGCGAAGAAGAGUGGUCCGAACUAAACGGUUUCGCCAUAGUGUUUGGAAGCGUGGGCGACGCCUUGCUGAUAGUAACGUGUAUUGCAACAAUCAUGAUAGUUUGUAUUCACUCGCCACCAUGUGAUGUCUUUGAACUACACUCGAGCAUUCGGACCAGUACUAAAGACUUACACUAUGGAUUGGUUUACUCCCACAUUGAACAUUUCAAAAAGAUAUAUGAAGCUGCGGAACAAUUGUUUAAUGAGUGGUGCGAGGAAUGUGACAACAAACUUAUCAAAAGAUUCCUGCUGGUUAUACCUAACAAUUGUGAGCUGACAUCCGAGAUCCUAAAGUCAUCCGCCUUGUGCACAUUGAACGAAAUUAAUUUUAAGCCUCAUGAGGAAGACAACGUUUACAAACUGAAACUCUGCAAAUUAACAAUGGGACAAGAAACAUAUUACGUCUUUGCCGAAGUACCGACUGUUCUGACUGUCAUCUCUUCACUUUCUCAAACGCUUCGCAAUAAGACAAUCGCUGGCGUUGUGAGGCAGAAAUUCCAGUUGUUAUACCAGAGAGAACUGCAUUCUAAUCGAUGGGAUAACACUGUUCAAUUUGUCACAUGCAAAGGCGAAGAUGACAUUGCAAGGGCUUUGUUUGGGGCAGCAAAGGCUUUGAAUAAAGCAGCAAAGGCACUCGAAGAAUAUAACAAAAGAAAAGAAUCACAAAAGGCAGCUGGACAGCAAAGUGUGACUACAAUCACAAAUGCAACUAUUUCUAAAUCAGAUGAGGCAGCUGGACAGAAAAGUGUGACUACAAUCACAAAUGCAACUAUUUCUAAAUCAGAUGAGGCAGCUGGACAGCAAAGUGUGACUACAAUCACAAAUGCAACUAUUUCUAAAUCAGAUGAGGCAGCUGGACAGAAAAGUGUGACUACAAUCACAAAUGCAACUAUUUCUAAAUCAGAUGAGGCAGCUGGACAGACAAGUGUGACUAUCAUCACAAAUGCAACUAUUUCUAAAUCAGAUGAGGCAGCUGGACAGAAAAGUGUGACUACAAUCACCAAUGCAACUAGUUCUAAAUCAGAUGAGAAUUGCGUUUCAUGGCCGAUAAAAUGUUGCAAGGGAUGUCAAGGUAAAGUUGCAGAGUGAAUAAAACGUAUAUGAAACUCUGAAUACAGGUUUGCGUACUACCGCGGAUAUGACAAUAAUUAAACCCCAAUCCUGGUAUAAGGUAGUGAUAUCAGCGUGUUACAAUUAUAUUCCAUUAGGUGAUCCAAAAUGUUAUGAUAAGAUAUAUGUGUUGAUGAAUGACAAGUAUAAAACUGCUCACUUUACUUAAAUUCUCAUCAUACAAGAGCGCAUCCUAUUAAUAAUCUAAUAAUAAUUUAUCAAUGUUAUAUUCAAGCAGUCCUUUGGUGUUAAUCUCACUGU